UCCCAAUGUACAUGCUCUGACCGGGUUCAUUGAGGAAGACAGUUCACAUGGAAAGUAGUGGUAAACACAUUCACGGCACGGAGCCGCCUGUCCCACAUCACGGCGGAAAGUUCAGUGUGACGCUUGCUUUUUCUCUCCUUUCAACAUGGUGGAAGCCACAUCAGUUUGGAAGAAUUUAAUAUAUAGCUAGAAUGAACAUUUCUUUUGCUCUACAAAUUUGAUGAAGAAUGGGAAGCAUAUGUACAAGAGCAUUCGCACUUGUCUGUUUUUUGUGUUUUCUGAUUGCUUCUUUUUCCAAAAAUGACACACUGGAGCAAGGCAAGCAGCUCAGAUAUUGGGAGCAACUAAAAUCACCCAAUAAACGCUUCACUUUAGUAUUCUUCGUGCCUUACUGGUCAAAUUCCGAUUAUGACUCUGUUGAUGAAUCUUUCUUGGGAAUAUGGUACAAUGACCAAACCAUGCCUGAAGAUAGUGAUGAAGAAGUCUCUCCAAUAUUACACAUGCUCCCAGUGUGGGUUGCGAACCGAGAAAGUCCAGUCAUGAAGGGUCUUGGAGUUCUCUCCGUCGGCAGCAAUGGAGACCUCAAGAUUUUAUCUGGUGAUACAAAGGUGACCACUAGCUUGUACUCAACUCGAGCUACCAUCAAUGCAAGUGCUUCUUUACAGGACGAUGGCAACUUUGUACUGCGUGAGCUGGAUUCGAAUGGAUCUGUGAAGGGAAUUUUGUGGCAAAGCUUUGACUAUCCCACUGACACGCUUCUACCGGGAAUGAAACUAGUAAUUACAACAAAUCUGACAUCGUGGAAGAGUUACGGCUCACCUGCCCCAGGCUAUUUUGCUCUUGGCUUGGAUCCCAAUGAUACAAAACAACUCGUCGUGUGGCAGGGAGGAGAAGUAUCCUGGAGAAGUGGAAGUUGGCAAGAAAGCAGCUCCGACUUUCAAUAUUUUUCUGGAUUUGGUUAUGGCUUGACCUUUAGUUUCAUUGAAAAUGAGAAUCAAACUUACUUCAAUUACACGGCAGAUUACAACACAAAUUCUUUCCCAGAAAUAAGAAUACACUAUUAUGGUAAGCUCUUCAUGGCCAAAGCUUAUUACUGGGACUGGCUCUGGUUAAAUUCGUGUUCUCAACCUAACAUCUCUGGUGCCAAAAGUAAAUGCAUAAAGCAGAAGCUUCCGAAAUGUAGGAGUAGUAUGGAGGAUAGAUUCAUCCCUGCGAGUUAUGGUUCAAUGUCCAGAGAUGGAUUCAGAUUCAGUGACAGCAAAAACCUUACUAUUGAGAGUUGUAAGGUCAAAUGCUUGUUAAACUGCAAUUGUCUUGCUUUUGCCACAACCAUUUAUCUAGAUGACAAUAUCACCGGCUGUGAAAUUUGGACAUCAAGUGCAAAAAUAAAACCAGCAGUCAAUGGCAACGCUCGCAUGAUUUACAUCCUUCCUUCCAGAGAGAACAAAUGGUGGCUAUGGCUUACCACUGCAGUUGGACUAAUGAUGACCAUACCCACUUUAUGCUCUGUCUGCUAUAUCAUUUGGAAAAAAUGCACAUCAAAUGGUGAUGAAAAAUAUAGCAAGAGGAUGCUAAUAAAAGAACUGGAUGGUGGUGAAACACCUUCCAUCUCAUUUGGAAAACCAAAAGGCCAUAAAGCGGAUAGAAAUGAGCUGCAUGUUUUCAGCUUUGAAAGCAUUGCCUAUGCUACAAACUAUUUCUCACCUGUAAAUAAGCUAGGUGAGGGCGGCUUUGGACCAGUUUAUAAGGGAAUAUUACAUGAUGGGCAAGAAGUAGCAAUAAAGAGACUCUCCACCAAUUCACGACAAGGAGUAGCAGAGUUCAAGAAUGAGGCUCUGCUAAUUGCAAAGCUGCAGCAUACUAAUCUUGUGAGGCUUCUAGGCUUUUGCAUUCAAGGAGAAGAAAAUAUAUUAAUCUAUGAGUAUAUGCCAAACAAAAGCUUGGAUUCGUUUCUGUUUGAUUCGGAUAAGAAGAAAAUAUUGAAUUGGAAGAGACGUUUUAUCAUCGUUGAAGGGAUUGCUCAAGGGCUACUUUAUCUACAUAAAUAUUCCAGAUUAAGAGUCAUUCAUAGAGACUUAAAGGCUAGCAACAUUUUACUUGAUAAUGAAAUGAAUCCGAAGAUAUCAGAUUUUGGGAUGGCUAGAAUAUUUGGACUAAAUGAAUCUGAAGCAAAUACAAAUAGAGUUGUUGGAACAUAUGGUUACAUGUCUCCAGAAUAUGCGUUCCAUGGCCUUGUUUCAAUCAAAACUGACGUAUUUAGCUUUGGAGUUCUACUACUAGAAGUUGUAACUGGGAGGAAGAAUACUACCCAUUAUCAUCCUGAUUAUCCUCUUAACCUUACAGGAUAUGUGUGGCAGCUAUGGAAUGAAGGUAGACAGUUAGAGUUAAUAGAUCCUAGUAUGGAUGAAAGUUGCCCUCAUGAUGAAAUAUUAAGGUGUAUUCAUAUUGGCCUCUUGUGUGUACAAGACCAUGCCAUAGAUAGACCCACCAUACUUGAUGUUGUGUCAAUGCUUUCAAACGAGACUAUUCAGCUGCCAGAACCAAAACAUCCAGGGUUUUUCAUCACCAGUAAAGUUGAGAAAGAAAAACAUGUUUUGGAGAUCGAGCGAGAGAUUUGUUCCAUAAAUCAAGUAUCAAUUUCAGAGAUGGAAGCUAGAUGAUUGAGGUUCUGAUUUUUAUAAAUUAUGUUACUUUUA